CCGCCGAUAUAGCUUGGUAAAUUAUUUCGAUAUAAGAAAUAUUAUUGUGUGAAAAAUAUUGAAAUAUGUUAAGACACGAAUUCGAACCAACUAAGAAGCUUGUGUCCCUUCUUCCGAGUGAUAAAAGGUCUUGUUUGUGGAUUUCUGACGUUAUAAUUUUUCAAUGUAUUCUAGUCUUCAUAGGAGCCUCGACGAUUACCUAUUGUGUGUGGUCACCAGAGCAUGCCAAGUAUGACUAUGACAAACUCGCGCGUGUUAUGUAUCUAUACGAUCCUCAUGCUUGCGGCUACAAUCUACGUACUUCGAAGUCUAUAUUGUCUUUCGAACUGAGCAAUGAUACUCACGGUUUGAAUAUACGACCGAUCAAACACAUACCAGCCAUUGUUACAGUCACAUCGAUGGUACCAGCGAAAACUAGAAGAUACGUGAGAAUGAGCGUAAUUAUUCACAGUUGCUGGUUAAUCAUAGCAAUUUGUUUGAGAGUCUUCAGGUUCGCUACGAAGGUUCAUAUUUUGAAGAUUAUCCUCAGUUUGAGUUAUUUCUCCUGUAUAUUGAUAAUAUUUUUUGACGUGUCAAUGGCUAUCGUUUAUAUCGCCCACAUCCAAAGAAGCCUCACAACUGGAAUGAUACUACGAUACAGCGGCUGGAGUGUUGAGAUGAAACUUGAUCAUUACAAUAGGUUCGGUGGCUGGCUUCCAAUGGCGGCAUCGGUGUGCUGGCUGAGAGGCGUAAUUAUAUUUGGGCUAAACAUAUACAUCUGUAGAAAAAUCAGUCUUAUUAAGAACAGCAUAAAGAAGAGAGAGGUCAAUAAGAAAUUGAUGUUGGAAGAGAAUAUGCCGAUACCCGAACCGGUGUUCGAUGAUUCGUUGGACGAUAACGUGCUUUAUUAUAGAAAUGGAGAAUAUACACCAGUCGGAAAGAAAAAUCAAUGGUCCUUCUUCUUCUAAGAUAAAUAUUGUAAUUUACUAUACUACUUCUGAAUUAAACUAAA